AUGAGUAUAAUGGAAUAUAAUGGAGGUGCCGUCAUUGUUAUGACUGGCAAGAAUUGUGUAGCGAUAGCUUCCGAUUUGCGUUAUGGUAUUCAGCAUCAGACCAUCUCGAAUAACUUCCCAAAGGUGUAUAGAAUCAAUGAGAAGUGCUUUGUUGGUAUUGCUGGUCUGGUCACCGACGCUCAAACACUCUAUCAAAAGUUGAUGUUCCGUCACAACCUAUACAAGCUCAGAGAGGAGCGUGACAUGACUCCUCAAGUCCUAACCAAUCUGAUUGCCAACAUGUUGUACGAGAAGAGAUUCGGACCAUACUUCACAGAGCCAGUAAUUUGUGGAUUGGAUGAGAAUAACAAGCCAUUCAUCUCUGGUAUGGACUUGAUUGGAGCACUCGUUAGCACUGAUGACUUCUUGUUGGUGGGCACAAUGACACCAGCCAUGUACGGUCUCUGUGAGACAUUAUAUAGAAAGGAUAUGAAUGAGGAGGAGCUUUUCGAAACGAUAUCACAGUGCAUGCUAUCAGCUCUUGAGAGAGACGCUAUGAGUGGAUGGGGAGCUGAAGUUACCGUUAUCACACCAGAGAAGGUAUUCAGGAGAAGACUGUUGGGUCGUCAAGAU